AUGAACUCCUCGGAUCUGCGCCGCGGAGUUGGAGAACAAAGACUGAGUAAUUUUUUCGCUUAUUUGUUUGCAAUAAACGUGGGCUGCUACAAGGUUUCUUCUAUUUAUAGUGAAUAUGCGGCUAGGGCAAAUAACAAACUUGCUGAAAGUGGAAAAAAUGGCGGUUGCGUGGCGGAGGUGGGGAAGAUCGACGGUGAAGUUAGGACAUCGCCGACCGUGGACGAGGAGGCAGGCGGCUGCGGCGGUUGCGUGGCGGAGGUGGGGAAGAUCGACGAAAAUGACGUCAUCCAGCCCCGACGGUCAAUCGGAACAACGGUCACAACAGUGCCGACAAGUGGAGAAGCCGUACGACGCCACACCCACAUCGAUUUUACGUCGCUAUUCCAAGACCUCAGUUUCGUUAUGGGGGUGACAAAUCUGUUGAAGCAAAUCAUGCCAUCGAUACCACUGGCUACACUAUCGCCGCCGCCUUCACCGGAGGCGGACAUGCUGAAGACACCGGAGAAGAAGAAUGGCCAUUUCACCGAAGACAAAAGGAAAAGUCUUGACGGGCAAGAAAAUUCUGAGACCAACUUGAGGCACGAGGGGACUAGAGGAGACAUAUUUGCCGCAAACCUUCGGAUGCGGCAAACUAACAAUGUUUUACGGGACCGUGCAAUAUACACACGCUGGUUUACAAGUGAUGCCAGGCCAUCUGUCAACAAAAUAGAUGAUAUUUCGAAGCCCAGGCCUCUUAAUAUCAAACCUGAAGACAAAAUUGGCAUUCGGAAGUUCUCUGCUGGAACUUUUGGUUCUAGUCACCAAUCGGUGAAUAAAACCCUGGUAUCAUCUAUGAGAAUGAACAAGGGAAAUGGUCUAUGGAUAACAAGUAAGGUUCGAGCGCCAGCAACAGGCUUUCUCUUCAACAGUCAACCAGCAAAUUUGGUCAGAAGAUUUUCGACAGAUUCAGGUCAGUUUGAUAUUGGAAUCUUGGCUGGUAAUAUUGCAAGAUGGUUGAAGAAAGAAGGUGACAAAGUUUCGCCUGGAGAAGUUCUCUGUGAAGUGGAAACUGACAAAGCCACAGUGGAAAUGGAGUGCAUGGAGGAAGGAUAUCUGGCAAAAAUUUUGCGCGGGGAUGGAUCAAGUGGGAUCAAAGUUGGUGAGCUAUGCAUGUUUGCUCAAUGGUAUUCACUUAUAAGGCUUUUAUUUCAUUCUAUAAUCUCCACUGUUGUUUUGCAUUGUCAUAUAAUUGCCAUAACUGUUGAAGAAGAGGACGAUGUUGCAAAAUUUAAAGACUACACUCCAACAUCAGAUGCUACACCCACACCUGCACCCAAGGCACCCUCUUCUCCGUCUCCACCUAAGCAAGAAGUUGCUGAAGCACCUGCUGCUUCACCAGAACCAAAAGGCUCCAAGCCUAGCGCACCAUCUUCAGCUGGAGAUCGCAUUUUUGCUAGUCCUCUUGCCAGGAAACUUGCUGAAGAUCAUAAUAUAUCGCUUUCGAACAUCAAAGGAACUGGUCCUGAUGGCCGCAUCGUGAAAGCUGAUAUUGAAGAUUAUCUUGCUUCACGUGGUAAGGAAGUAUCACAAGCUCCUAAGGUGGACACGGCAUCGGCAACUCUAGAUUACGUCGACAUCCCACAUUCGCAAAUCCGAAAGGUUUCUUUUGAUGUUAUGGCUCUAAGUUAUGAUGAACCUUUGAUCACAGCAUCCCGGUUGUUGCAAUCAAAACAAACCAUCCCUCACUAUUACCUAACUGUGGAUACAUGUGUGGACAAGCUUAUGGAAUUGCGUGUCCGUCUGAAUUCUAUACAAGAAGCUUCAGGUGGGAAACGAAUUUCAGUUAAUGAUCUUGUGAUUAAGGCUGCCGCCUUGGCUCUCAGAAAAGUUCCUCAAUGUAAUAGUUCAUGGACCAAUGAAUAUAUUCGCCAGUAUCAUAACGUGAAUAUUAAUGUCGCCGUGCAAACAGAAAAUGGAUUGUAUGUGCCUGUAAUCCGGGACGCGGACAAGAAAGGUUUAUCUAAAAUAUCUGAUGAAGUUAAGCAUUUAGCUCAGAAGGCAAAGGAGAACAGCUUGAAACCAGAAGAUUACGAGGGAGGUACGUUUACCGUUUCAAACUUAGGAGGACCUUUUGGCAUCAAGCAAUUCUGUGCCAUCAUCAAUCCACCACAGGCGGGCAUUCUUGCAGUUGGAUCUGCUGAGAAAAGAGUGAUACCUGGUGCCGGUCCUGACCAGUAUGCAUUUGCGUCAUUCAUGUCUGUUACACUAAGUUGCGAUCAUCGAGUCAUUGAUGGUGCAAUUGGAGCAGAAUGGCUGAAGGCCUUUAAGGGUUAUGUCGAGAAUCCAGAGUCUAUGUUACUUUAAGUUAGUUUUUGAACUUUGAUAAUUGCUUCUGGUUUGAUCACCAAGACCCAUGAAGAGGAUGAAUACAAUCAUAGAAAAGCCCGUUUUGAAGCUUUCGCGUUGUCUUCACUUUGAUUUUUUUCAAUGAAAUGUUUUUCAGUCGCUGUGUACUUAGAAUAUAUAUUUUUUUUUAAUAAUGGCUCACUCAAGUGGUAUGCUUCAAAUUGAAGUUUGCUCUCCUCUCGAGCAUGCGAUGAUUCUAUUCUAUAAUCUCUUCUUGAUUAACACAUUUGUUCACUACCGUUCCACACAGCUGUGUACUUCAAUCUUGCAGCUUCCAAAUUUGAGGUGCAAAUAUUUGAUUCUUUGAAGAAUUUGAUUUGCAUGAUUGAAUCAGUUUCUUGAUGCCCGUUGUUGAUUGUUUGAACCUUUAAUCGAAGUAAUAUUUUCACGAUUUUGAAUAA